AUGAAAAUUAUGAAUAGAUUUACACAUCAAAGUUUUAAUUUUACAAAUCUUAAAUGUCACUGUUUCAAUAAAAUAGAUGAAACUUGUUCAAAAUAUUUAAGAAAAAAUGUAUACUUUUGUAUGCUGUUUCUUAAUAUACCGUUAGUUAAAGGUUUAUCGAGUCUUUCACUAGGACCUAACUGCGAAAGCACAGCAGACACUAGUUGUGAAAAUAAAGUUGGUUCUGAAUAUUCUCAAACGAAUAUAUCUCAAUGGCCAAAUAAUCCGUUUACUAAUAUUCCUGCUCUCAAAGUGGAAUGCUCUCAGAACAUACAAAAUCAACAAAAUACUAAUUGUGCGGGCGGUAAAGCAUCUCAGCAAUUCGAAUCUUGCAUAUCAUCCAUAAUAGGAGAUCAAAUGGUUAUGAAUGAUAUUAAUAAUCAAAUUGAAUGUUUGGAACAAUAUGCUGACAAUGCAAAUAUUAAUUUGGACAAUGCUUUUUCAGGGGUGCCAGGAUCUUAUGAUGGUAGAGGAUUCUACAAUAAUUAUCUCAAGGGUGGACUUGGAUACAGCUCAAACGGUUUUUAUCCACAUGGUGGCCAUCGUCACAUGGAAUAUCCACCAGUACCAAAAAUGAUAACAGGUAAAACAAAUGGAAUUCCUGGGACUAAUGUUCCAUUUUUUGUUAAGGACAAAAUUACCGCUGUAGUUACAAGUGUUGUCACAAACGUCGUUGAAAAGCCACCUGUAACUGUUAUUCCACCUCCUCAAACGGUAACAUUUACACGACAUGCUAAACCAAUUACUAAAACACUACCACCAUUGGUAUUCCAGAUUCCAACAACAAUUAUUCAAACAUCCAAGCCUGAGACAAUAAUCAAAACCUUACCACCACAGGUAAUUUAUCAACCUCCAGAAACUAAAACUUUACAGCAACAGGUUCAUUAUCCACCUAGUACAAUAGUAAUUAAUAAAACUCUGAAUCCAGUUACAAGAACUGUUGUAGUUCCAGGACCAGCAAGAACAUAUGUGCAGCCUCCACAGACUGUAGUUAGUGUUUCUACCAAAGUAAUUAUGCAACCACAUAUUCCACCUGCCAUUUUUAAUACUGCAGGUAAUUCAGUUCCUGGUAGAGUUAAUCCAUUUAGUCACAACCAUUCACGCAAUACUCCAUUUGACCACUCAUACCAUCCAGAUGGAUUUUCACAUUACGGAGGACAUAAUGGACAUUAUCCCGGUACUGGUGGUGGAUCGCCAUAUUCUGGGAAAUUUAAUGGUCAGUCACCAUAUCCAGGAGGUCAUGGCUAUCCAUAUUCUGGUGGGUAUAAUGGUGGUGUGUCGAAUAUAGCUUGUGAUUGCUAUGAGUUAGGUAAAGUAUUAGAUGGUAUAUCGACUGGGAAUACGUCAUGCUCUUGCCCUCAACAGUCUACAAUGCAAUUUAAUCUUCCUUAUUUCAUACCUGGAUCCCCAGACUGCACAAUUAAUAAUCUAACAGAUUGUCAGAGACCAUCUGUAAAUAACUGUCUUAAAAAUACAAAUAAUUGCUACACAUCUAUGCUUCAAUCAAACUAUAACUUGCAAUCAAAUAGCGAUCAAUGUAGUGUUUCAAAUGUCAAAAUGUGUGAAUCAGAUAAUUGGCCUAAGGUUAUGGAACCAAACAGCUCAAAAUCCACAAAUUCAUCAGCUAAUAAACCAGACAAAACACGUGAAGCAAGUUCUGAGGAAGAUGUAGUGAGUGCGUCAUUAGUUUCAAGUGGAAAAGAGGUUCCAAAAGCAGUGUUUGUUAGCGAUUUAACAAAGCAAAACGAGUAA